UUAAUAGAUUGCCCAUUUCGAUCCAAUUUUUGUGGAGAGUUGGUAAAUGUCUGCAACUGUAUCAACUCCAGCCUUGUUGACGUAGUUUUGGCUUUUGAGAUUCCCGCCGCGAAGGAGUGCAAGGUUUCGAAACAAAAGGCAAACACUGACAACAGGUUAGAUACUGCUAUUUCAGUAAUAUUUUGACACUCGUGAUCAAGUGAUACAGGGAAGGCGAAAUAUCUGAGAACUUUGAACAAUUCAAACGUUAGCGCUAAGAUGUUAUUUAGUAUGACAGAAUUGAGGUUUAUUUACUCUUUCCACGUGAAUUGUAAUUAGUGUAAUUGAGGCUGCUCAUAUUCCUGCAAAACGUGAUUAAAGCUUUUGUUUUUUUGCAUUCCCAAUUUUAAGAUAUUUUCAUACGAAAAUUGUACGCAAUUUUUUACUUAAAUGUUGCCCGUGAAGAAAGAAUUGAAUUAGACGUGAGUCGUGAACGAGGGUUGAAUAGGGGUAUACAAAUCCGCCGAUCCUGGCUGUUUUCACUGCAACGGACUGUACAAGUUUAUUUUUUAUGCCGAUCUCUCAAGAAGUUUUCUAGCAUUACUUUUUUAUAAGAAGGAAAUAGUGUAGCACAUCGCAAAAAAAUUGAGCAAUAACUCGUGCGGUAAAAUCCAUGGACAGGAAAAGCAUCGUGGGUAAUUCUUAAGCCCAGGAAUGGAGGUGUGGAAUAUUCCCACAUAAAACUUACGGGAGUGCGGGGGUAGUCGUCCGAAAUUUUAGAAGAAAACCAGGCCCUAAUAGACACUAGUAAGAGGUACCAAUUUUUAGAGCUAAAGCCAUAAUGUUUUUUCUGUUCACAUCAGUACCAGAACAAUUCUAGCGGUGGUCGUUUCAUCACCAAAUCACCAAUUAUAACCCCUUAAGUACGACGAUUGCCCCGUCACUUUCAGAAGGACUUCCCCCUCUCCGUGUACACACAUACCACACAUUUCACGGAGCAUACUUCGAUCACGAUUCACGAAACUUUUUUCAGUAAAUCACGAUUAACCUUUUGGGGGCCUAGGACGAACUACAAAGCAGCACCUGGAUACGGAGCAUACGCAACGGUACAAAGACGGUUGAAAAGCUAAAAUUUUACUUUCGUUUCUGUUACACAUAUUUAAGGUCCUAGGACCAUUUCAGGAUGGAAAAAGGUAUUAUAAUAAUAUGACUUUCAUAUAUUCUUAACCAUUUAUUCAUCACUUCACGGGUUUAUUUAGAACCAACUUCAUAACCAGCUCCCAGUUGGCUUGUUAGCUCAAUUGGUAGAGCGCUGCACCGGUAUCGCAGAGGUCAUGGGUUCAAAUCCCGUACAGGCCUGAAUUUUUUUUCAGGCCUUAUUUUCACUACUGCCUAAGUAGUGCACAUUACUGCGUGGAUCACUUUCAUUAACGUCUUUAUCCGCAGUUCAAAUAUAUGACUAUAUAUGAAUAUAUAGCUUACUGCUUAAAUCUCGCUGCUCUUCCCGUACUACCAAGCCACACGAAAAGACACAAAGAAGUCUUGACAAGAGACCUUAAGACUUUCACUUCUGUGGCUAAAUCUUUUUACGGUUAACCUUUUCUACGGCUAACGGUUAAAACUUUCCAAUUUUUGCCGCUAAAGUUCUGGCCAGUUUUACAGCUAACGAUUAAACCCAUUGAGACCCUCCUGAAGGUUACAAACCAGAAGACCGCUGACACUUCAGACCAUAGUUAAUAGAGGGGAAUGAUUAUGAAACCCGAGAAAGUUCUUGCUGUAUUUUUGUUCAAUUUUCGGUCUUGACCGUGCGCAAUACAUAAUUGUUGUUUACUACUUACUGAGGAACUAACCAAUAGAAACGUUUCGGUUACGUAAUUCAUGCAUAGUGUAUGAGCGAAAAGCAAAAGAUUGUGCAUGGUCAUGGACUUUCCUACAUAAAUCUUGAAAUCUUUGUUUGCUCCUGUGAUGUUUGCCGGCCUUUGUAACCAAUCAAUUAUGUUCAGACUAACUGAAAAUUUGAACUUAAGCCAAGUAUAUCAAAGCUGCGGUAGGUAACACUCUCCUAUCACCUCAUAGUUUAUUAUGAAGGUUAUUUACAGAACACUUGACUUUGAUAUUCAGCUAAAUAAAACAAUCAGGUUUUAAAGGUUGUACUUGGUUUCAAUGUUAGCGCGCAAAAUUACAAAACGAUUAUGUCCUUUUUUGCAACAGGUCCGAUUGGCAGCAUUUCGUCAGGGUAUCUGGGCACAUCCCGACUUGCUUCCCACCCCUUAAGCGCAAUUCAACACCACGAAAAUGGCCAAUCAUGAAGUCACGAAACUACCCUCUCCCCCCCCUCCCCCCGACACACACACACACACCAUGAUCAAUUUGAUAUUAUCUAUUGCCUUUCCAUUUUGAUCGAUUAAAGUGGCCGCGGUGACUUGAAGGGAAUGUAUUAUCUAUUUUAGCAACAAUUUUCAAAAUGAGUGGAAACUUUUUGUUCAUUGCAGCAGUGAAACGAAGGACGGGAUAAUGCUCACGACACCGUCUACGCAUUUACGUUAUUAGUAUUUCAAAAAUUCAACUUCUUUUUUACUGAUUAAAGAAAAUCAUCAUCACACCUAUUUAUUUCUUGGUUGUAAGAUGAUAGACCUCACAAAAUAAUUGCGCUUUUUUUAAAUGACAAAUAUCUGUUUAUACUGAUAUUGAAUUUCUGUCGUUUUAUUUCAGUAUUAAUUACGGGAUCCAAUUUGCAAGGGAUCCAUCAGAGAUAUCAAGCAAUUCUGGCAUCCCUCGCAACACUUUAA